AUCAAUGGGCAUAAUGCGGAGCCCCAGCAUCUAAUUUCAUCUGCGAAGAGCUCUUCAUACACGCCUGCUGCUGAAAUAAACACCAUGAGUAACUGUUGACGAUGAGUCAGUUUUCUAAAUACAACCUGUUGAAAGGGUUUCUCCAUCAUCCAACGGGCUAGUAAAUGUUUAUGGGAGAUAUUAUAUCACCUCGGUUGCCAUGCAAGAAAAGGACUGUGUCUGAGCGGUGCCAACUUUUAUUCAUAUGGAGCUUUUCUUGCCCUGUCUUCAAUUGAUAAACGCAGUAUGCAUGCAAAUGCACCGGAGAUUAACCCAUUCACAUCAGACUGAGUAACUCACGAAGUGUUUUGAGGACUGUUUUCGCCUGGAGAAGGUCGAAAUAACGAGGCCACUGAAGAGGUUAUAUCCCUGGGCAAAGCUCCACUUAUUUCUAAUAUUCUUCCCUGCUUUGGUUUGACAGACAGCUGCCAUCAUUCCGUGCUGCAAGGGCGACCCCAAAAUGUCUUCCAACGGCGAUCUGCAAGACGUUGGGAGCUGGGACAGCUUCUGGGAGCCGGGGAACUACAAGAGGACAGUAAAGCGCAUUGACGAUGGCUACAAGCUGUGCAACGAGCUGGUCAUCUGUUUCCAGGAGCGAGCCAAGAUUGAGAGAGGCUAUUCCCAGCAGCUCAGUGACUGGGCCAGAAAAUGGAGGGGUGUUGUGGAGAAAGGCCCACAGUAUGGGACUCUGGAAAAGGCAUGGCAUGCAUUUAUGAAUGCGGCAGACAGACUGAGUGAGAUCCAUAUGGAACUAAAAGAGAAACUGGUUGUUGAGGACAGUGAGAAGGUUAGAAACUGGCAGAAGGACGCCUUCCACAAGCAGAUGAUUGGCGGAUUCCGUGAGACCAAAGAUGCUGAUGAAGGCUUCCGCAAGGCCCAGAAACCCUGGGUCAGAAAACUGAAAGACGUGGAGUCCUCAAAGAAGAGUUACCACCAAGCCCGUAAGGAAGAGCGCACUGCACUGACCCGUGAAACUCAUGCCAAGGCUGACACCACCAAAUCCCCGGAGGAGGUCCGCAAGUUCACAGACCGUCUGGAGAAAUGUACACAAGAGGCCGAAAAGGCUAAGGAGCGUUAUGAGAGAGCUCUGGAUGAGCUCAAUCGCUGUAACCCACGUUACAUGGAGGACAUGGAGCAGGUAUUUGAAAUUACCCAGGAGGCGGAGAAGAAGAGGCUGCGCUUCUUUAAAGAGGUGCUGCAGGACAUUCACCAGCACCUGGACAUCUCCAGCAAUGAUGGAUUCCAAGGCCUGUACCGAGACCUCAGCCAGACCAUCAGUGCAGCCAGUGACACGGAGGACCUCCGGUGGUGGAGAAACACGCAUGGACCCGGCAUGAGCAUGAACUGGCCGCAGUUUGAGGAGUGGUCACCAGAAGCAAACCGAUCCAUCAGUCGAAAGGAGAGGAACAGUCACUCUCAUGACGUGGUCACCCUGACUAAUAUCGUGUCAGCAGGAGACGAACCCCCACAGACUCCACAGGAAACUACCAGGUGGUAUGAGGCGGUUGGCUAUUACGAGAGCCCCAGUGGCUUUGCACCGAGAAUGGCGGGUAAAGACUACUCCUCAGACUGGUCAGAUGAAGAAAGCCCCAAGAAAUACAUUGCAUCCAAUGGGGUGGACGAGGAAGAGAAGGUAGUCGGGGUUCGUGUUAGAGCACUGUAUGAUUACACAGGGCAGGAGGCUGAUGAGCUGAGCUUUAAAGCAGGCGAAGAGUUAAUGAAGCUUGGCGAGGAGGACGAGCAGGGCUGGUGCAAAGGGCAGCUUCAAAGUGGAGAGGUGGGCCUUUACCCUGCUAACUACGUCCAAGACAUCGCAUCAUGAUAACCCGCUCUGUCCCAAGCGAGACCCCCACCUUCUACAUGGCAUCAUACUGAACGAUGGCAAUUGUGUUGACAACAGCCACAAAUGUAUGACGGAUUGGAUGCCACAAGGCGCAAGAAUAACAGACAGGAGUGCACAGUUAUUUGCUGUCAAACUAGAGAACUUUAAGAAGAAUUGUUAGUUUCCCUUUUGUCCUUGGGCUUAAUAAAAAGAGUGCCUUUAUUUUAAAAUGCCAGACAGCAGAUCUAUUGUCAUUAUAUUACAGGAUUGAAUGGACAGCACAGAUCAUGCUAGCAUUUUGUUCAAAGGACAACAUGUACAGUAUAAAUCGCCACUGUUGAAUUUGGUUUGGAAAACUAGCAAUGGCCUUUCAUAAUCAGAGUCCUAUUAUUUAAUAUUUCCCAUUUCUGCAAAUCUUUCAUGAGAAGCAUGUUAGUUUGUUCAUAUGUUAGAUAUGUUAGAUCGCUAUAGUUACAUUGCAAAUGGAUCAUUUUGACUAAGUGAAGGAUUCUUCCUAAUGCUUACAAUGUUCCUAUGUUUCAUAUUUACCUUUGUUUUCACAAAGAUAUGCGGAUUUGUACAAAAUUAUCACCGGGUAGAUGCUCUUAAUCGCCCUUUGGAAUCUUGUAAAGGGAAAUCCAGGGAGGAGAUUAUUAAAUCUAUUUGGUGGGACUGUUUUACUUUUUUAAUUUAUCUUUUGGUUUUAUAUGUAGAGCAGGAAAAGCUUCUACUAUGUUGUAUGUUGACAGAAAGAGGGCAAGACUUGAGUUGGCUUGUCGAGGUGUGUUUGAGUGGUAUAAUGGGAAAUAUGUCCUCAUUUUCUGCCUCCGAUAUGCUCCAUUGUGAACAUGGUUUUUCAUGAAACUUCAGUAACAGCCAGUACUAAUCAAUGUUAAAAAUAAAAUUCAAAUUAAUAUGAA